UCGGUGGGUUUAUAAUCAGGAAUAACCUCUCGACCCUGCGAAAGCUCCUCGCUCCUCUCUCCCUCUACGCUUUUCAACGACGGGGGCGAUGUCUCUGUCGGAGCUAGACGACGGACUAGUGAGAAGCAUGGCCAUCGGUGCCGUCUUCUCCGAUUUCGGAGGGAAGAUACAUUCGGUGGAUUUUCAUCGCACGGAUGAUCUAUUAGUCACAGCCAGCGAGGAUGAUUCUCUUCGCCUCUAUGACAUCGCCAAUGCUAAGCAGCUCAAGAUUACAUAUCACAAGAAACAUGGUGCGGAUCGUGUGUGUUUUACUCAUCACCCAAGCUCUCUUAUUUGCUCUUCCCGAUAUAAUUUGGAGCCUGGUGGAGAAUCCUUGCGAUAUCUCUCAAUGUAUGAUAAUCGGAUCCUUCGCUACUUUAAAGGACAUAAAGACAGGGUUGUAUCGCUAUGUAUGUCUCCUAUAAAUGAUAGCUUCAUGUCUGGUUCCCUUGACCGAAGCGUUAGACUUUGGGAUCUUCGCGUAAAUGCCUGCCAGGGAAUUCUACACCUACGUGGUAGACCUGCAGUGGCGUAUGACCAACAAGGCCUGGUAUUUGCAAUUGCAAUGGAAGGAGGUGCGAUUAAAUUGUUUGAUUCUCGGAGCUAUGACAAGGGUCCCUUUGACACAUUUCUGGUCGGUGGAGAUACGGCCGAGGUGUGCGAUAUAAAAUUCAGUAAUGAUGGCAAAUCAAUGCUCCUAACAACUACAAAUAACAAUGUCUAUGUUCUAGAUGCAUACCGUGGAGAGAAGAAAUGUGGUUAUAGUUUGGAGCAAUCUCCGGGUACUUUGAUAGAAGCCACAUUCACACCCGAUGGCAAAUAUGUGCUUUCAGGCUCUGGAGAUGGGACAAUACAUGCCUGGGACAUCGAGUCACCCGCCGAGGGGGGAAAAAUGAAGGGGGAGGUGGCAAGGUGGGAGAACAACAUAGGAGUAGUGUCAUGUCUGAAAUGGGCACCUCGUCGAGCAAUGUUCGUUGCUGCCUCUACCGUACUCACCUUCUGGAUCCCCAACUCCGACGAUCCUCAACAGCAACCACCACCACCCCCUCAGUGACGAAAAAGACUUUGUACCGUUUUUUUUUUUAUGAAUUAGAGGUGAAAUGAAAACCCCGUAUUGUUUUUGUUAUCAAUCACUCCAUAGGACUAAUUUUGAUUUCCAUAAAAUGCUGUGUUGUCUUCGAAUCACGAAAUGGAAAAAAUGAAAGAAAAAAAAAACAA